UCUAUACCAAAUUUACGAAUCAUACACUUGUUGGUCAUAACUGGAUACACCUACACCACCUUAUCUUCAUCCAAUGAAAUAACACCUAUGCAUAGCCAAUCUUCACUGUAUCUUGCUGUUAGUGAUGAAAUGGCGAAUGAUGUAAAGAAUGAGACAGCCAUAUCAAGAAAGAGCACGGGUCGCCAAAAAUUGGAUAUGGUGAAAAUACCUAGAGAGAGUAACCUUUUGGUUACCUUCUCCAAACGUAGGUAUGGCAUUUUUAAGAAAGCUAGCGAACUUACCACUCUUUGUGGCGCUGAAGUCACCGUUAUAAUCUUCUCCCCUAGCAUGAAGGUCUUCUCCUUUGGUCACCCUUCUGUUGAAGCGGUCAUCGAUCGUUUUCUCGCUGGAAACCCUCCCCAACCUUCGUCGUGUGCUCUACAACUUAUCGAAGCUCACCGGAAUGCCAGGGUCCGGGAGCUCAAUAUGCAGCUCACUCAGGUUAUGAACCAAUUGGAAAUGGAGAAGAAGCGAGGUCAGGAGCUUGACAAAAUGAGGAAAGUUGGCGCGGAACAGCGCUGGUGGGAGUCUCCUAUAGAGGAACUAGACGUGCCAAGGCUUGAGCAGCUUAAGGCAGCUUUAGAGGUGCUGAGGCAAAAUGUGGCAAAACUAGAUGAUCGGCUUCUGAUUCAAUCCACAAAUCAUCCUUACUUCUAUAAUUCAAAACUUGAAACUGAGGCUUUUCCUUUUAAUCUAAGGAAUGAAGGGUUCAACACAAACAUGAUGCCUUAUAACUUUGAUCUUGGAUUUCCAAGCGGAAGUGGGUUCUCUUAA